CUGUCAAUAUCAGACGAUAUGUUUUUUAUCAAUUCUUGUUCUCGGCUUCUUCCAAAUAUUUGUUUAUCUAACGUUAGUUCAUUUUCGGUUGUAAUAAAUUUGAAAUUAUGACUAUUUGCUGUGUUCAAGGAUGUUCGGAAGUGGCAUACCAUGUCUUUCCUAGGGACACCAAAUUGAGAACACAAUGGUUAAAAGCUAUACGUCGUAUUAAUUAUGUUCCAACUAAAUCAACAAGGAUAUGUCGGAAUCAUUUUCUGGAAAGCGACUAUUUGAAAACUAGUUACUAUACAGGCAUGGAGUACAUGUUCAGAAAACGCCUAAACAAGGUGGCUGUACCAUCAGUUUUCCCAUGGAACAGUAAGACUACUUCAAAUACGGCACAGAGCAGAGAAAACCGAAUACAAACUCGGAAACGUAGAAAAAACAUAGCUAAUAAAGAACCAGCAGCAGCAAAAGUGGAUGAAUCACCUCAACUAUUGGAUAAAAAACUUAAAAUAUCAGACCAAACACCUCAAAUUUUAGAUAAAACACCAGAAAGUUUGAAUAAAACUCCUGAAAACUUGGAUAAAACACCUGCAAAAUUGAAUAAAACACCUGAUAAUUUGGAUAAAACACCUGAAAUAUUGGACAAAAGACCUCUAAUAUCAGUUAAAACACCUCAAAAAUUGAAUGAAACACUGUCAGCUUCGGAACCUAUUAAUAAACUUUGUAUUAUUAAACCUGAAAGUCCUGUGCCUCAAAAUACAUUGAACAAAACUGAUACACCAGAAAAAAAACUUGUUACACAAGGUACACAAACCACAAACUGUGUUAGAUUACUGUCUACAGAUCUUGUAUUGUCUGAUAAUGAAUUGGUUAACUUUUACACAGGACUCGGUUCAUAUCCCAAAUUUACUCUCGUCCUAUCCACUCUAUUACCAAUGGCUAACAACAUUGAACAGAGAUGGAGUACAGAUUUCGGUCUAUCAGUUGAAGAUCAAUUUCUAAUGCUACUCAUUAAGCUGAAGAGAAGUAAAUCGGACGUUGAAAUCGGUAAAUUAUUUGGUGUUAGUAAAACUGAAGUGUCUAAAAUAUUAGUGACUUGGAUAAAUUUCGUAACUGAUAUAUGGCAGUUGUUUGAGAUCUGGCCCAGUGAAUAUCUUAUAAAUAUGUACAUGCCAGAUGUAUUUGGACAGAAAAAAGCAUCUGCUACAGUUAUCACAGACGGAACUAACUGUGGAGUCAAUAUUGCUAGUUUUUUUAAAGGAAAGUGCCAAAUUCCAGGACUGUUGAUAAAGCAAACGCAAAAACUGUCAAUACAAAAUAUAGAUACAGUAACGAUUUGUAGGUUGAAGGGUACAUAUAGGAUAUUAAUUAGUGAAUUGAAACCACCCUAUGUAGUUUUAGCAUCUAAAAUCUUCUGCAUAUGUGUUAUACUUUGGUAUUGCAAAGAAGGCACUGUGAAUAAUUUAUGAAAUGGAUAUUUUAAUAAAUUAAUGUAAUAAUUGUAUAUUGCGAUAUAAGUGUGUUAUGAUGGUUACAACACACGAGGCGGCACGAGUGCGUAAUAGAGCCGAGUGUGUUAAAUACGCACGUAUAUCAUAUGACGCUUUUCAACACACUUGCGAGGAAACAGAAUAAAAAAUCUAGAUAUUAUAUUUUGUUCAUUUUUAAUUAUUGAAUAGUACUAUUUUUAAAAGAAUACAUAUUUCGCGCCGUUUUACUUUUAUUUUGUUCAUUUUAAAUAACUGAAUAGUACAUUUAUUCUUCUUCUUUUAAUUUAAAUGGCUUCCACCAAAUGAGGUCGGUGAUUUUGCCAAGUUCAAUUAUUAAAAUAUUUACACAUUUCCCGCCAUUUUACUUUUUUAAAUCAGCGCGCUGCCUACUGGCUGGCACCGCGCGGAGGUCAUUUUGAAUUUCGAUGAAAAAUAACAAAUAGUGCUGUUAUGGAAUAUAACUUCACUAUUCGUGUUUAUAACGCACGAGUGUUUUAUGAGUUGUUCUAUAUAUGAAAUGCGAUCAAAUUAGAUCCACUUUACGAGCAAGU